AUGCCAGAGACGAGUCUCUGAUGAUAACAAAAACCAAACUCUUUGCAAAAACAAAGAUUAAAUUGAUACCUGGUGUUGACACCAGAGACAACAACUGUGAAACUCUGUCGUAGAUAUAGAUUAUCUACGAACUCUGUUGUCUUCCCCUCAUACAUGCAUGAAAUCAAAACUGUAAAAAUGAAAAACGUUGAAAUCAAAGCAUCUAUCGAAAAUAGGGAUGAACUUGAAAGCAUUAUCAAUGAAAUGAAUUUGGGUUCUGCAGAAGUUAUAAUUCAACACGACAUCUUUUUCAAAACACCUAAAGGUCGAUUGAAAAUGAGAAAAUUCAAGGAUAAUGGUGGUGAACUAAUCUUUUAUGAAAGAGAUGAUACUGAAGGACCCAAGUUAUCUACUUAUAAUAAAAUGAACCUCUCUAGAGAAGAUGUUGCAAAUUUAUCUACAAUUUUGAGUCAGUCAUUGGGCGUACACGGAGAAGUGAAAAAAACCAGAUAUUUAUAUUUAUUUGAACAAACUAGAAUUCACAUAGAUUAUGUUGAAGAACUAGGAAACUUUCUAGAAUUGGAGGUUGUGCUCACACCAAAUCAAUCACCUGAAGAAGGACAGAUGAUAGCUGAAUCAAUAAUGAAGAAAUUAAAGGUAGAUUCAAAAAAUCUCAUUUCUUGUUCUUACAUGGAUCUUAUAAAAAAUAAAUAAUAUUUUGUA